CACCUGUGCAGCUCCACACUGAGGACUCAAAUUCUGCAAGCAUGAACAAUAUUGUUGAUACUGUUGUUGACAAAGCAGCGUCAGGGAUCAAAUUGAAGGCAAAAAGUGUCUUGGGAGGUGGAGGAAAUCAGAAGCAACCCCAGUCUGGCGGCAUAGGGGGCCUCUUCCCCUCAGCAGGGGACGGAGGCUCCAAGGGUGGGAAGGGCAAAGGAGGAGGUCUCCUGGAUGGGAUCAUCUCCUUUAACAAGUCGGAGCCCAAACCGGCGCCCAAGCCGGAGCCCAGACCUGAGGCAAACCCAGCACCAGAGAAUGACCAAGCCACAGGAGGUUCAGCAAAUAAGGAGUUCGACAGCGCUGUGGAUGAGCUUUCUCAAUUCUAGGCAGGAGCACAUCCCUUAGGAAAUAUAGCCACGCAUGACACUGAGAAGCAGCAAUUCUCUCACUUCAAUACUGCGAUCAAUAUACAUCAGCUUAACUCCUGAUUGCACCCUGAAGGACUGCAUACGACCAAUGAAGAACUGAAUUGUCUCAUGUAUUUAUGAAAGCGCAGAAAAUAAAGCUUAAUAUUUUUAAUUUAACUAUUGCAAUAUAAAGUUCUCAAAUAUCAAGCUGUUACAUAUUCAGCUUACUGUUUUGAGGGAGUAUAUUUUUAAAAUCUACAUAUUCCAAAUACCGAGGAACUGUGUCUUAAAUGCUUUUUAUUUGAUCAUGCAUUUGACCAGCGACCAAUGAAAUCAUGUUAUCAUCUAAAACAUUUUGCAACAAUUGCAAGCUUUUCGUUUACCUUACAAAUAUUUUUUUAUGUAUUUUAGUUAUUGGAAGAUGCAUGUACCAUUAAAAUACUUAAAUGAAAAUGAUUAAUAUUAAAAGGACAGAUUCUCUGAAGCAUUCAUUUGAAAUACCAGCCUGAUUUACAGUAGAACUAUAUAUUUUGAGUUUUGAAACUCACUGUAUGUAAUAUAAUGGUGAGAUUCCAACUACUCUAAAAUGCUAAUUCACCAAAGUACUGCUAAUUAAGGACACUAACAUUAACACACCUUCAAAUCGCCCUCGGACACAAAAAUAUAUUAUGGCAUU